CUCUCCAAGGCAGGCAGACCUUCUCAGCAACCAUCACAAUGGCAUCCAUUAGAAGCAGCGGCAUUAAAAGCUCAUUCUCUGGGCGCUCCUAUUCAAGUGGAGGCUUGGGUGGAGGUUCAGUGCGUAGGGGAUAUGCCUCAAGUGUGUAUGGUGGUGCAGGUGGCAGUGGAGCAAGAAUCUCCUCUGCCAGCGUUUUCAGCUCAGGAGGUGGUUCAGGUGGUUAUGGUUUUGGCAUGGGAGAGGGCGCAGGCUAUGGAGCAGGAGGUUGCAUUGACCUUAGCGCAGGCCUCAACGAGAAGGCCACCAUGCAGAACCUGAAUGACCGUCUAUCCUCCUACCUGGACAAGGUCCGCAUCCUGGAGAAGGCCAAUGCUGAGCUGGAACUCAAGAUCCGCCAGUUCAUGGAGAGCAAGACCUCCCCCAGAUCCCGUGACUUCUCAGCUUUUGAGGUCACCAUUGCUGACCUCCAGGGAAAGAUCCAGGAUGCCACCCGUACCAAUGGAGGCAUCUAUCUGGCUAUUGACAACGCAAAACUGGCAGCAGACGACUUCAGAACCAAGUAUGAGAAUGAGCUUGCUAUGCGUCAAUCAGUGGAGGCUGACAUCGCAGGUCUGAAGAGACUCUUGGAUGAGCUGACACUGGCCAGAUCAGACCUGGAGAUGCAGAUAGAAGGUCUCAGGGAGGAGCUGAUCUUCCUCAAGAAGAACCACGAGGAGGAAAUGGCGUCCAUGCGGGCACAGAUGACCGGACAGAUCAACGUGGAGGUGGAUGCAAAACCACAAGUAGACCUGAGCACCAUCAUGGCUGAGAUCCGUGAGCAGUAUGAGGGUGUGGCUGCCAAGAACCAGAGAGAGUUGGAACACUGGUUCCAGUCAAAGACAGAGGCGCUGAACAAGGAGGUGGCCGUGAGCACAGAAACUCUACAGACAUCCAAGUCCGAAAUCUCUGAGAUCCGUCGUACACUGCAGGGCCUGGAAAUCGAGCUACAAUCCCAGCUAAGCAUGAAAGCGGCUCUGGAAGGCACUUUAGGUGACACAGAGGCAAGAUACUCAAUGCAGCUACAAGGCCUCCAGAUGCAGGUGACGAACUUGGAAGAACAAUUGAUGCAACUACGUGCUGACAUGGAACACCAGGGCCAAGAAUACAAAAUGCUGCUCGACAUCAAGACCCGUCUGGAGAUGGAAAUUGCAGAAUACAGAAGACUGCUGGACGGAGAGGGCAGCUUUGGCACUUCAUCGAGCAGCAGUACGAAGACCAGCACCAAGGUGAUAGUGGUGACAGAGGAACUGAAGGACGGCAAGGUGGUGUCCUCCUCCACCACCACCUCCUAAUCCGUCUCACGCAGCAAACAAACACAAGAGAGCGACACCUGACAACUAAAAGCAAAUCUGAAUCCAGUACUUCCAUCACGUACAUGUUUGAACAAAAUAA